AUGACGGGUUCAAUUGAGGAUACAGGCACGGGUCCGCCCCGGUUUGACGAGAAGAAUAUGAUCAUGCCGCAGGAGAGCAGCGACAUGGAUCGUCGACACAGUCAUCAGGAAGUGGCCGAUUCGAGCUCGAAUGAGGCUGGCCUCACAGAAUCGGAGAUGGAUAUCCCGAUGACUUUCCGCCGCUUCAUGGGAUUUACAGCCAUGGCCUUUUUGUGGACAGGCAGUCAGAUCCCUGUUUACCUGUUUGGAGGAAUCCCUCCCUAUAUCUAUGGAUCCAUCGGAGGAGCCGAUCGGUGGGUUUGGUUUGUCCUGGCAAACUUACUCGGUCUUGCGGCAGUCUGUCCCUUUGUCGGAUCUUUGUCGGAUCUGAUCGGACGUCGCUAUGUCGCUAUCAUCGGAGCUUCCCUCACUGUUAUCGGAAUGAUUGUCUGCAGUACAGCAAACACAAUGAAUAUUUUUAUCGCCGGUAUGGCGAUUGCUGGCGCCGGCGCCGGCGUGAAUGAAUUGACUGCGCUGGCUGCAACCUCAGAGAUGGCACCAACCCGCAAGCGAGGUGUUUAUGUCGCCGUGCUGAUUUUCACCAUCAUCCCCUUUACCCCGUCGGUUCUCUGGGCCCAGCUCAUCGCAUAUUACAGUAGCUGGCGUUAUGUGGGUGCAUUCAGUGGAGCGUGGAACGCAUUUGGUCUUUUGAUUACAAUCAUUCGCAUUGACUUUGUGGGUGGAUUCUUGAGCAUUACAGGACUUAUCGUCUUCCUAGCUGGAUUGCAGUGGGGUGGAUACAUGUAUCCCUGGUCCUCUGCCCACGUCCUUGCCCCCCUGAUCAUUGGUUUCCUACUGUUGGUGGCUUUCGCAUUCUGGGAGAUCUAUGGCGCCAAGUACCCAAUUUUCCCGACACGGUUGAAGCAAGAACCUCGGACUUUGGGUCUUACCCUGGUUAUUACUUGCAUUUCUGGCUGCAAUUUCUUCUCCGUGCUCAUGUUCUGGCCCACUGAGUCCUUCAAUGUCUACGGCCAUGACCCUGUGAUGGUUGGACUUCGCAGCCUGCCUAUUGGUCUUGGCAUUCUGGUUGGAGCUUGUAUUGUUCUUGUGCUUUUGAGUGUGUUUAGGGGACAUAAUAAAGAGCUGUUGAUUAUUAGCAGUGUCCUCAUGACUGCUGGUUGUGGUGCUUUGGCUGUUGGACGUGUCGACAAUAUGUAUCAAUUAUGGGGGCUAUUGGUCCUCGCUGGUCUUGGAAUUGGUGGUAUCGUUGUCCCCGCUUCGAUUAUAACCACUAUCAUUUGUCCUGAUGAUCUCAUUGCUACCAUCUCUGCUCUCACUCUAUCCAUUCGUGUUGUGGGUGGUGGUAUUGGCUACACCAUCUACUACAACGUCUUCAUCUCCAAGUUCGUCCCUAAGGCCACAUACUACAUCGGUGGUGCCAUGGAGAUGUACCUCAACAUUACAGACGUCGAAGUCAUCACUGAGGUUAUCACACUCACGGGUGCUUCUCUGCUCGAUGAGAUCAAGGAAAUCCCUGGGAUUGCAGGCAAUGAGACUGCCUAUCAAAUAGUGGUCGAAGCGGGCCAGAUGGCCUACUCGGAAUCGUACAAGUAUGUGUAUUAUGUGAGUAUUGCUUUUGGUGUGAUAUCCAUCAUCUCCGCAUGUUUCUUGGGCAAUAUCACUAAGUACAUGACCAACCAUGUUGCGGUGGUGAUGUGA